CAAUCCGGACGAUUCCAUCCGGUGGUGCCGAGGUGCAGCAGCAGCAGCAGCAGCUUGCAAAUGACGAUGCAGCAGCACACAACAGACACACAGGUAGCAGGUGCAUGCGGGGAACGGGCGGAGGUUACUUAACGCACGCUGCAAGUGCACUACAAAGAAGCCCGCGCCUGAGCACUCGCACAGUCUACUACCGCGCGCUCAUCACAACGGACACACGACCGCCUCACGCUCCCAAAGCAAAACGGUAACCGAACCUAACACUUCGACCGUAGAGGAGCGAGUCCUUCGUGGAGGGUUUUUGGGGGAAAAUUCUUCGUGUCAAACAUGGUUUCCUGGGCGUUUCUAGAGUGACAAGUGACACAAGUGAUCUAGCGUGCGGUGUUCCCAAUCUCUCAUCGGUGUGUUUAUAUGGCUGAGUUGUCGUUCUUCGAGCAAGGAUAAAAGCAAGGCCCAUAGUGAUUUAAAGAAAGCAUUCCUCGGAAUUGAACAAAAGUGCGAGAUUUCGUAUCGUGGAUUAGGUGUGUUAAAAGAGGGUUCUAGAUUUUUGGGAUCGACCUAAAGCUCAGUGAAUUCUGCUCAAGGUAGCGACACUGUUAACCGGGGUUGGGGCGAAAACAAUCUUGAAGUAGGCUGUGCGUGUAUAGUAAUCCUUGCAUCGUUGUGUGCGUGUGCGUGAGUCAAAAGGGUAGGGGUGAGUGUUUGUGACACCCAAAAAAAAAAAAGCAAAACACAACAACCAUGCGUGACUUUGUGAGCUUGUUCGGCAGUCAGUAUCAGACGAUUUUUGGUGGCGGUCCUAGCUGUGCCGGAGGUAAUGGCGGCAGUUUGGGAAGUAGCAGCGGGGACUGUUGCUCCUCGUCGGGUGGUAGUUCCGGUACGCCACAGAGACGUCGCUCGGUAAGCCUGGGACCGUUCCGGCGUCGCAUUCGGAGUGAAUUUUCACUGCUCGACUACUUCUUCCACCAACCGAAACAUGGCCGACAUACGCGCUACCCGAAUCGAACGUUUAUGCUUAUGGCCGCCGGCUUCAUGUUCAUCAUCUGCGGUGCACUCGUUCACAUCCUUGAUCCUUAUUUGCUCAUAUUUAAGUGGAAAUUAAUCUUCCAAGAAGGGUCGGAAAUAUUCAACCUGUGGCGCACACCGCCCGUCGAUCUGUACAUCAAGAUCUAUCUCUUUAACGUCACCAACGCGGAAGACUUUAUGGCGGGCCGGGCCGAAAAGAUGCAGAUCGAGGAAGUGGGCCCGUACGUGUACAGAGAGCUGAUGUCGCACGAUAACAUUACGUUCAACGACAAUGGAACGCUUUCAACGCGGCCGCACCAUCCGCUGAUCUUUCAGAAGGGUCUGUCCGGCAACUUGCGGGAGGAUGAUGUGUUUAUGAUGCCCAACAUUGCACUGCUGAGCAUAGCGCAUGUAGCGGCCAGCCAACCGUACUUUAUCCGAUGGCCUAUCAAUUUGCUAAUACGGCAAACGAAGGUGCAACCGCUGGAACGGCAGACGGCCAGAGAGUUUAUGUACGGCUAUCCGACCACACUAACCACUCUCGGUUAUACCUUUCUUCCCAACUGGAUAUCGUUCGACAAAGUGGGCCUGAUCGAUCGGAUGUACGAUUUCGACGAUGAUUUUGAAACGUUCUUCACCGGGGAAACGUCCGCCAGUAUGUCCGGACUGUACGACACCUACCUGGGAUCGCCGGACCUUGCGCAGUGGAAUGGCGCCCACUGUAGCAACAUCCGGAACGCAUCGGAUGGUACCAAGUUCAAGAGCUUCAUCGAACCCGACGAUCAGUUGCUGUUUUUCCGGAAGAGUAUGUGCCGAGCGCAGAUCCUGAUUCAAAACGGCACCGAUCAUGAGGUGGAUGGUUUGAAGGCAACCAAAUUCGUGUUUGAAGAGAACGCACUGGACAAUGGGGAAUUCGAUCCGCGCAACAAGUGCUACUGUCGAAAGGGCAGCUGUCUACCACGGGGACUGAUCGAUGUAACUAGCUGCUACUAUGGAUUCCCGAUCGCUCUGAGCUACCCGCACUUUCUGGACGCCGAUCCCAAGGUACUGGCACACGUCAAUGGCUCACGGCCGGAUCCAAAGCUGCAUCGGAGCCAUUUCAUGAUCAAUCCGGUGUCUGGACUUCCGCUCGAGCUGUCGGUCAAAUUCCAGAUCAACAUGGUGCUGGACGAUCUGAGCAGUAUGGCACACUGCGAGAAGUUCUCCAAGCUGGUCGUGCCGGCCCUCUGGUUCGAAAUUACGAUGCCAGGACUGCCGAAAACGUUACUGUCGCGCUUCAUCUUCUAUCUGAAGAUCCUGCCGUUCGGUGAUCAGGUGGUCAAACACAGUCUGCUCGCGUUCGGUGGCAUUCUGCUGCUCGUUGCCAUCACGAAGGUGUCGCUCACCCUUUCGUCCGCGUACUCUUCCGCGUACCGCAUUUCGAACGAGCUGCGGGAAAGCUUAUGGUAGUAAGCGCACAACACAACACAACAACAACAAAAAACAGGCCAAAACUGAAUUGCUUUCUUGAGACAAGCAUGGACAGACUAGUUUGUAGCAGAUUUCAGCUAAUUGUUUGUAAGUUUUGUAAGUACUUUUGUAAGCUUAACUGUUAAAUAAACCACACUGGCGAAGAGAGAA